AUGCGGUUCGGACAGCGAUUUACGGCCCUCCUCUCGUGGGCCAUGGUCGCUUCGGCCACCAUUCUCGAGAACGGUCAGCCCAGACUGAACCCUUAUCCCGGCCAGCGAGAGCCGGUCACUCUGGACGAAUCCUGGAGAAGCUAUCCGGCAAAUGCCCCAGAGAUCUCUUACAAAGGUCGAUGGGAUAGCCAGCACAUCUCUUGGUGGUCAGCACCGGGCAUCAAGUUCGAGUUUACCGGUGAAAAGGUCGCCGUCAACUUCGGCCCUAGCACCAUCCCAGGUGUGCUGGUCGCCUACCGCGUCGGCUCUCUGGACUGGCAAUUCUCUAACGUCACCGCCGACUCAACAUAUCAAUUCGUUGGUCCCUGGUCAGAGCUCAAGGAUGGCGAUGAACCAAUCGGCAAAAAUCUGUUUGAGAUGAGAGUUCAGAUUGCUGGUGUCGCUGUCGCUAAUGAUGCCGAGAUCACCAAGGCCCCGACCUUCGGAAAGAGAGUCGAGAUCAUCGGUGGAUCCCUUGCAUCUGGACAAUUCGCAACUUAUGAAACUAUGUCCUCGUGGUCCUGGAUGUUCGCCAACGGCCUGGGCAAUGUUGAAUACGGCAUUACAGCCUAUCCCGGCGUUUGCCUUGCGGAUCAGCAAUGUUACGGCGGCCAAUCUCGCGGCAUAGAAUGGUACUGGCACCGCGCCUCGGACCCCGGCUCUCGUGCUCGUGCAAUCUACGACCACGACCCCGAGCACUGGGACGUCAAGGCCGAGCAACCUGCCGAUCUUGUGGUUAUCCAGAUGGGCGGCAAUGACCACCGUCACCCCAACGAAAUCCCCGGGCGGGAUUACUACCAUGCCUACGUUAGCUUGGUUGAAAAUAUCCACUCUAACUGGCCCAACGCCGUCAUUCUCCUCAUGUCCCAAUGGGGAGGAUUCAAAAAGGAAGGCAAGAAUUACGUCGGUAGCACCUACUACCUUGAAGAAACCCGCGAGGUGAACGAACACUUCAAGGAUCGCGGUUUCGUCUACUACUUCCCCACCGAAGGACUCCUGCAACACAACGACAUCAACCCCAAGAACCACCUGACAGAUGUCGGCAGUGUCAAGAUUGCCAGCCACCUGUUGCAGUGGGUUAAGUUGGUUCUCCGGUGGAAGCUUGAGCCCACCGGCGAAGUCCAGUCUGGAACUGCCUACUGGAACGAUCAGCAGGAAUACUGA